AUGCUUUUCUUUUUCUUUUUGUUGACUGAUUUUAGAAGUAACAAUGCCAUAAAUCAGGAUGGGGUUAGUUUGACUCCACCUCCGUUUGAGUUCGAGGCUCCAAAUGAUUUUCAUUUGGCUGAGUCCAUUGAAGAGCCGAGCUCCUUUCUUGCGGAACAAGCUUCGUGUCCUCUUCUACACGAUAAUCAAUUUUAUGCCAGUUCAGUCACCCCUAUGUCGUUGGCUUCGUGCUCAAGUAUUUUUUAUUUAUUCAUUUCAUCUCAAUACAAUGAUGUGGACGUAAAUAAUAUUAGUCCACUCAUUUUAUAUAUUUAA